GGAAGAGGGCAGAAGUGAUGAGGCUGGGAGCAGUAUAAACAAAGAUACUGUGGCUGCUGUUGUGGCUAUUUUUGUUGCUGCUGCUGCAAAGAGAGUCGCUGGUACGGCUGCCGCUGACGGUGGAGGAGACGGAGGGAGGAAGAAGGGGAAAGCAGACGACGGAGCUGCUGAUGUUCCUGCUGCUGCGGAUCCUCUGUGAGGAGAGGUGAGGGUUUGGCGGAUACUGAGGCGGAUGCUGAUGUGGAUGUUGAUCCGGAUCCGGAUGCGGAUGCUGAGGCGGAUGUGGAUGCUGAACCUGAUCCUGAUGCUGGAGGAGGAGCUGUCGGUGGGAGGAGAGGAGGAGAGGGAGCAUGAGACGGAGGAGGUGAUGGUGGAGACGGGGGACAGACUGCUGAGGAAAUGGAGGUCAGUUCGGUCGUGUCUGACAUGGAGGAGGGAGGAGACUACGAGGAGAACGAAUCUGAUGGAGAGGAGGUGGAGAUGACGGGACCUCUGGGGGGGAAGAUCUGUGCAACUGUCCACUCGGAUGUUUUAUUCCAAGAGAAAGGAUAUUGUCAUUGUGCCAGCACACCCUGCCAUCAGUGACGAUGACGAGGAGGAAGAUGACGAUGUGGAAGACCCUGACUUUGUCCCACCCACCCACAAUCUGGACAUUCCAGGCCCAAGUGACAUGGGCCCCUCUGCCAAGAGGUGGUGCAUGGAGCCUGCAGUGCUCCAGGUUGAUGACGACGAUGACGACGAUGACGACGAUGAUGACGACGACGACGAUGAUGGUGACAACGAGCAGUCAGCACUACAAGCCAAGAGGCCCACCAAACCCAGGAAGUCAGCAGCACGGCCAACCACCUGGCACAAAGCUGACCUGGAAAACACAGAACUGCCGGAAUACCAGCACUCUCCCUCUGACUACAUUGAAACCCCUUUUCAGUACUUCACAAGGUACUUUGGCCCCGAAAUUGUCACUCAUAUCACCUACCAAACAAAUGUGUACGCCACUCAAAAGGACAUUAACACCACUUUCACCACCAAUGAGAAUGAGAUAAUGACAUUUCUGUCCAUCCUGAUGUAUAUGGGGAUUUCAGAGCUCCCAGCUGUUGAAGAUUACUGGGCCAUGGAGACCAGAGUCCCUCAAGUUGGCAACCUGAUGUCUUCAAAGAGGUUCAGGCUGCUGAAAAGGGUUGUCCAUUUCAAUGACAACACUGAGCUCCCUGGUUCCAUUGACCGCUUCUUCAAAAUCCGGCCACUGUUCAGCUUCCUCAAUUCUGCCUUCAGGCGUGAGCCGCAGACCCCCAAACAGUCUGUGGAUGAGGUGAUGGUUGCCUACAAAGGGAAGACAGCCGGCAACCUCAGGCAGUAUAUAAAGACCAAGCCAGACAAGUGGGGUUUUAAGUUGUUUUCCAGGGCCUCUGCGGAUGGCUUCAUCCACGACAUGGUGCUGUACCAGGGGAAGACUACUCUGGAGGCCCACGGUGUCCCCCUGACACCUAAACAACAAGCCAUGGGUGUCACCAGCCAGAUUGUCUCUGUCCUGGCAAGUACCAUGUCCUCCCCCAGCACCACAGCCAUCUUUGCGGAUAACUUUUUCACCAGCCUGGAGCGAGUGCGGUACCUCCGAGACCAGAACUGCGGGUAUACAGGCAGGGACAAUAGAAUUGGAAAGCCCCCGCUCAAGUCCAUCAAGGAAAUGGAGAAAAAGGCUGUCCCUCGUGGAACAUGUGACUACAUCAUGAGUGAUGAUGGGAUCCUGGCUGUCAGGUGGAAGGACAACAGAACGGUAUCUCUGCUGUCAACAGACAUGGGGGUGGAGCCUAUGUCCUCAGUCAUAGGGCUGUGCAAUUAAUCAUAUUUUAAUCGCAAUUACGAUUUUGGCCUGCCACAAUUACGAAAACAACAUAAUCGAAAAAAACAAUUAUUUAGC